UGAUAACAUCUGUGUCAAACUCGUUUUGAAAAUAAUAAUAACAAUAACGAAACACGUAAACUACUUAAAAAAAAAACUAAAAUAAAAUGGUGAAGUGUAGUGCGUACCGAUGUGAUAGUGUUACGUCUAAGAAAAUACCUGGAAUAACCUUUCAUCGGUUUCCAAAAGAUGACAAAUUAAAGAAAGCCUGGGUGGAUAAUAUGCAGCUCCAAUUCCAACCCCAACCUACUUCUGUACUCUGUUCAAAGCAUUUCGAGGAACACUUUAUAGAUCCCAGUGUCUUCCGAACAAGACUACGUCCGGGAUCAAUUCCUACAUUGUUCGAAGAGUUGCCUAUGGAUUUGCCUAAUAAGAAUAGUGGUAUUAACUGCAAAAAUACCGUGCGAGUUAAGCAAACUGCUAAUGGGAAUAAUGUUUCUGUACAUAAAGAAGUACAACAUAAAAUAACAAUAGUGUCUGUAUCAAAUAUAUUAGCUAAAAAAGAAAAUUUACUGCGCCCUUCAAAUGAUACUACUACUACACUGCCUCCAGUUAUACCUAAAACAGAACCAAUACUGCCUACAACAGAUCCAAUAAUACCGAAAACAGAACCAAUACUGCCUACAACAGAUCCAAUACUGCCUACAACAGAUCCAAAAUUGCCUACAACAGAUCCAAUACUGCCUACGACAGAACCAAUACUGCCUAAAAUAGAACCAAUACUGCCUACAACAGAUCCAAUACUGCCUACAACAGAUCCAAUACUGCCUACGACAGAACCAAUACUGCCUAAAAUAGAACCAAUACUGCCUACAACACAUCCAAUAGUGCUUAAAACAUAUUCAAUACUACCUACAACAGAUCCAAUACAGCCUACAACACAUCCAAUACAGCCUACAACACAUCCAAUACUGCCUACAAUAGACCCAAAACUGCCAGCCAAACAUGUUUGCACUUCAAUGGAAAGAUUGAAAAAAAAAUUAAUUAUUAAAAAUAAAAAAAUUAAAACACUACAACAACAAAGUAGAAGAUUGAAAAAAAAGGUAGCACAAUUUUCGGAUAUAAUUGAAGAAUUAAAGAAAAAAAUAGAUUCAGAUGAUGUUUAUAUUAUAGUGCCUAACUAACAUUUAACAGGUAACAAUAAAGACUUUUUUGUGUAAGUUAGCCAUACAACUAGUCAAAAUGAUUACAUAAUUAUAUAAAACUUAACGUUUUGCACCCAUAGCACCCAUAGCACCCAAAGAUGUUUCAAAACAAGAAAAUUUUAAUCUGUAUUUAAUGUCAACUGUAUAUACCUAAUCAA